AUGUUCGACGAGGACCGCAGCGACGCCAAGCGAGCGAGGCUUCGCAGGACGUGGCGGCGACGGCGGCGACGACGAGGUACAACGACAAGGAGGGAGACGGACGAUGCCAAGCGAGCGUGGCGGACGCGGCAGUCGUUAUGCAGCGCUUCUUCGUCGUCGGCCGGCGGCGGCAGCGGCAGCGGCAGCGGCGACAGUAGCAACGAAGAGGCCAAGGCCGUGUCGUGGUCCCUGCCCAAGCCCAAGGGUAUUAUCGUUCCGGCUCACUUCGCACGCUCGGGUGGGCGAUCGAGGGGGGGGGAAGCGCGGGAGCGGAGUCGCAGGCCCUGGCCAGCAGAACGGGGGGGGAAGAGGGAAAAGGUGUCCAGUGUCCGGGCGAUGGCACCCUCCGGAGGACACAGGAAUGUUUCCGCCGGGCGGAGCUGGCAAUUGGCAGUCGGGGUCGCGGAGCCGGGGGAAGGCGGGCGUCGGCGUUGCGGAACAGGCAGCGAGCGAGCGAGUGGAUCGAGAGGGUUUGCAGGUUCAACGAACUUGGCUCUGCCCGACGCCCAAGUUAGCCGUUUGUGUCGUUGUGCUGAGGCGCAGGUCGCAGCGACUGGACGCCGCCUCCCUCUCCACUGGUGGACAGCUGGGGGGGCGCUGCGGAUGGAGGGUCUGGGUCGCUGCACUCCAGGGCUGCGCUACGCUGUGGUCAGGGUCGGAUGGCGGUGGUGGUGGUGGUAG